UGUCCCUCUGCUGUGCUCGGCACUAACAGUCCAAGACCGCAGCGUUCUUCUCCUCGCUGGUCUCACUAUAAUAAACGUCUUUCUUUCUCUACAUCGUCUUUCCUAAUGGCGCAAGACCGCUUGGCUGCCUUGAGAGCUCAAAGGCAGCAAAAUGCUCCAGCCGACAGAGCUCAGGGAACCUACGAAAUGGGGGUUCGUACGCACACAAACGACACAAAUGGAGCUACUGAUCCCAUGUCCGAUUACUAUGCUGAGAUCACUUCCAUUCAAGAUGCCAUUCAACAGUUUGAUACCAACAUAACAAGGAUCUCCGACCUCCAUUCUCGAUCCCUCAAUACUUUGGAUGAAUCUGCCUCACAACAGAAUGCCACGCAACUGGAAGAGCUUGUGGCAGAUACUCGGCAACUCAGUAAUAGCAUCAAGGAAAGAGUAAAGUCGUUGGAAGGGUAUACGUCGUCUGGCGCCCAAGAUGCUAAGAUACGCAAAAAUCGAACAGCAUUUGUUCGAUCUAAAUUUAUGGAAGCACUGCAGAGAUAUCAGGAAGUUGAGCGGCAGUAUCGUGCGAAGUACAAGGAAAGGGUUGAACGCCAGUUCAAGAUCGUGAAACCUGACGCUACCCCUGACGAAGUCGCUGCUGUGGUGAACGAUGACCAGGCUGGAGGUAGUCAGAUAUUUGCACAAGCAAUAUCUUCUUCAAAUCGAUACGGCGACUCAAGGGCGGCCUAUCGGGAAGUGCAAGAGAGACAUCAAGAUAUUCGUCGGAUAGAACAGACACUCACUGAGCUGGCACAACUCUUUAAUGAUAUGGCAACGUUAGUGGCCGAGCAAGAGGAGGAGUUGCAAGGGAUACAUGAUAAAGGAGAAACCGCCGCCGAUGAAAUCGAGAAAGGGCUCGCGCAUACUGAAACUGCUGUUAAGCAUGCUCGAUCGGCACGAAGGAAAAAAUGGAUAUGUUUCUGGAUCUGCGUUAUUGUUGCCCUGGCUGCCAUAGGUAUUGGUGUGGGCGUGUACUUUGGUCCAGGGGGGCCCGGCUACAACAACAGUCACAAAAGUCAAAACAAUACUAACAACGGAUGAUGACAUGGUCGGCACAUGGUUCGCUGUUCGACCUUGGAGUCUGCGCACUGCGGAGCUGCGCUAUCCCGGACACUGUAGUGGGCAUGGACAUGUUUGAUACUGAGUUAGAUACCCUAUCCCUUCUUUUAAAUCUGUUUACAUUAUGCUAGUAAUUGAUUGUUUGCCUUUCAUGUG